CCGCCCCUCCCAGCCUCUGACACACUUUUUCUUAGUUUCUGUGUCACUGUUUGCUCAUUCUGACACCACUGCACUUGUUUCCUUCAUUCCUGAUUCUCCCUAAACUUUUGGCACUUUAGGGACCAGGGGGUGUUUUGCUCCUUGUGUUUCCUUUACUUUUCAACAGCUGCAGAGCACAAAUAACCUCUCUGAGACUCCUGGAGAGACACUGACAAUUGCAUGGAGGCGACAUAGAGGGUUUCAGCCUGCAGCAGCUGCAGCAAGACAGCCCAGUCAUUCAUGAGCACCCAAGGAGGAGAGCCAGAGAUGGAUGACUGCCUGGAGACACUGAAAGAUGAGGAGGAAGCUUUGUGGGAGAACGUGGAAUGCAACCGGCAUAUGCUGAGCCGCUACAUCAAUCCAGCCAAACUGACCCCAUACUUACGGCAGUGCAAAGUAAUCGAUGAGCAAGAUGAGGAUGAGGUGCUUAAUUCACUUAUGCUGCCCUCCAAAAUUAACCGAGCAGGUCGACUGCUGGACAUUCUCCACACCAAAGGCCAAAGGGGCUAUGUAGUUUUCUUAGAGAGCCUAGAGUUUUAUUACCCUGAACUCUACAAACUGGUAACAGGGAAAGAACCUACACGGAGAUUCUCCACUAUUGUUGUGGAGGAGGGACAUGAAGGCCUUACCCAUUUCCUAAUGAAUGAGAUCAUUAAGCUUCAGCAGCAAGUAAAGACAAAAGAUGUGCAGCGCUGUGAACUCUUGGCUAAGUCUCGCCAGUUGGAGGAUGAGCGAAAGCAGCUAAAACUGAACAAGAUAGAGCUGCUGACCUUCCAGGAGAGAUACAACAAGAUGAAGGAGGAAAGGAACAACUACAAUGAUGAGCUGGUCAAGGUGAAAGAUGAGAACUACAAUCUGGCCAUGAGAUAUGCCCAGCUGAGUGACGAGAAGAGCAUGGCUGUGAUAAGAAGCCGAGACCUCCAGUUAGAGAUUGACCAGCUGAAGCAUCGCUUGAACAAGGUGGAAGAGGAAUGCAAGCUGGAGAGGAACCAGUCUUUGAAACUGAAAAAUGAUAUUGAAAACCGACCCAAAAAGGAACAGGUUCUGGAGCUGGAGCGGGAAAAUGAGAUGAUGAAGACUAAAAUCCAGGAGUUACAGUCCAUUAUUCAGGCUGACAAGAGGAGUUUGCCAGAUUCAGACAAAGCCAUUUUGGAUAUUUUGGAACAUGACCGUAAGGAAGCACUAGAAGAUCGUCAUGAGUUGGUCAACAAGAUCUUUAAUCUCCAAGAGGAGAUUCGCCAUGUGGAGGACUUGAGAGACAAGUAUCUUGAAGAGAAAGAAGAUUUGGAGUUAAAGUGUUCAACACUAGGAAAAGACUGUGAGAUGUACAAGCACCGCAUGAACACUGUGAUGAUACAGCUAGAAGAGGUGGAAAAGGAGCGAGACCAGGCAUUCCGCUCGCGUGAUGAGGCUCAGACACAGUAUUCACAUUGUCUGAUAGAAAAAGAUAAAUACAGGAAACAGAUUCGAGAGCUGGAGGAGAGAAAUGAUGAACUCCGAAUUGAGGUGGUUCGGAAAGAAGCCUGCAUUGUUAACCUGGAGUGCAAACUCCGACGGCUCUCUAAGGACAAUAACUUUCAUGACCAGAGUUUGCCACGGAAUCUACCCAUUACCAUUAUCUCGCAAACCUUUGGAACUCCUAGCCCAAAAGCCAAUGGUCAGGAAGCAGAUGACUCCUCCACUUCUGAAGAGUCUCCAGAAGACAACAAAUUCUUCUUGCCUGAUCAAGCUCGACUCAAGAGACGAGUGAAUCUAAAGGGAAUCCAGAUAAAUCCAAGAGCUAAAUCCCCUGUGAGCAUGAACAAAACAUCAGAAUUUCAAGCCAGAGCACAGGAUGAAGAUGGGGCUGACGCCAGCAAUGGCCGCACAGACACAAGUUCCUCUAAUUCUGUUUCCAUCAGUAACUCCAUCAGCAGCUGUGAAGUCAGCAAGAUUCAAACCCUGAGAAAUCGCAAUGACAGCAUCAUGUCUACCACUCCUGAGCCUCCAGGAAAUGAUUCAAUAGUCCGACGCUGCAAAGAGGAUGCCCCUCACUGCAGCCUGGUUGAAGAGGACAAUGACAGCUUUGGAUAUGAUGCUUUGGAGUUAGAUGAUGACAGUCAUGACAGGCAGUCACAUGGAGCUCCUUCAGUGCACUCUUCCUCUUCUUCUCAUCAGUCAGAAGGCCUGGAUGCCUAUGAGCUUGAGCAUGUCAACUCCAUAUUUAGAAAGUUCUCUCUGGAAAGACCUUUUCGUCCCUCUGUCACAUCUGUUGGUCGCAUUAGAAACUCCUGCCAUACUAUCCAGCGUGUAAUACUGAAUGGAGACAACCUCAAUUCAGAAAUCACUCUGGUUGGGGGUAAUGAUAAAGGGAGCUUUAUUAGCUCUGUCAAGACAGGAUCACUUGCAGAGAAAGCAGGCCUUCGGGAGGGACAUCAAAUCCUACUGUUGGAGGGCUGCAUCAGAGGGGAAAAUCAGAGUGUUCCCUUGGAUACGUGCACAAAGGAAGAAGUUCACUGGACAAUUCAGAGGUGCAGUGGUCCAGUAACACUCCAGUAUAAAUCAAAUCAUGAAGGGUACCGGAAACUGCUGGCAGAACUGGAGGAAGGGCUGAUCACAUCGGGGGACUCGUUUCAUAUCCGUUUGAAUCUGAACAUCUCCAGCCAGCUGGACUGCUGUUCCCUGUCAGUGAAGUGCGAUGAGAUUGUUCAUAUUCUUGACACCAUGCACCAGGGGCGGUGUGAGUGGCUGUGUGCCAGAGUUGAUCCGUUCACCGACAGGGACCUGGAAAUGGGGACCAUUCCCAGCUACAGCCGAGCCCAGCAACUUCUUUUGGUGAAGCUGCAGCGGUUGAUGCACAGAGGAAGCAAAGAUGAGACGGAAAGCUCAUAUAAUACCCUUCGGGCACUCCGGAAUACAUUGCAGCCAGAGGAGCCUCACCCACAGAAUGACCCAAAGGCCAGCCCUCGCCUAUCCAGAGCAAGCUUUCUUUUAGGCCAAAUAUUACAGUUUGUCAGUAGGUCUGAAAACAAAUAUAAGCGUAUGAAUAGCAAUGAGCGAGUCCGUAUCGUCACUGGCUGGCCCUCUGGUCUGGCUCGGACCUCAUCUGAAGCAAAGAAGCCAUUGCCUGAUAAACUGGAAGAUUUGGAUUCUGAAAGUGAAAUCAAUAAGAGGCUCAGUCUGAUCCCUUAUAGCUUGGUGAGACCAAUCCACUGUGAGCGCAGGCGCCCUGUACUUUUCUCUCCCACCAUGCUUGCCAAGACCUUGGUACAGAAGCUUCUCAACUCUGGAGGUGCCCUCGAAUUCAACAUAUGCAAGCCAGAUGUUGUAACAAAGGAAGAAUUCUUAAGGAAGCAAAGAACAGAGACUAUCAUCUUCAGCAGAGAAAAGAAUCUGAACACAUACGAGUGUAUUGUACCUGCCAAUAUUGAGGCUGUCACUGCCAAGAACAAGCAUUGUCUCCUGGAAGCUGGAAUAAGCUGCACAAAGGAUUUAAUCAAAGCCAAGAUAUAUCCUAUUGUCCUCUUUAUCAGAGUCUCCGAGAAAAACAUCAAGAGGUUCAGGAAACUAUUGCCAAAGCCAGAGACCGAAGAUGAGUUUUUACGUAUGUGCCGUCUGAAGGAGAAAGAACUGGAAGCACUGCCAUGUCUUUAUGCCUCUGUAGAGGCAGAUGCAUGGAGCAAUAUUGAAGAUCUUAUCCGAACAAUAAAAGACAGGAUUGGAGAAGAGCAGCGUAAAACCAUCUGGAUAGAUGAAGAUCAACUAUAAAAAACAUAAGUAAAAUGGAGCUCUUCAGUGACAAAAGGACAUAUCCAGGUGGAGCAGGGGCUUGCAGAAUUCUCUGAUUAGGUGCCCAGUGCUCCCUCCUGUUUCACCCUUGCUGGCUGGGGACUUCCUGCUGGCAGAAUGCAUGUAUGGAAUGGAACUGGAGCUGUGUUGAAUAGCCAAUGUCUCAGAUGCUGGGGGUCUAGGAUAUGGGUCAGACCACAGCCACCACCACAACUUCUGACCCACCAGCAUCUCUUAAGGAACAGCAGCUGUUUAACAUGUGAGAAGGACAAAGAUCUUGAGAGGGAGCUUGGGGGUAAUUUAUUAUGUUAAAAAUAUGGAUCUCAUUUGGCUCAUUGAAAAUUUCUGAUGAGACCAGAAAAGUGGAAUCUAAGAUGAAUAAAGCAUAGAGAUUGGGCUAAAGGAUAUGGAAUUGAGGUGUGCCCCACACAUGCCCUGAGGUGAGAUUCUGAGCACACCCAGUUAAGGAAGCUGAAGGCUGGUUGGUAGAAACAGCAACAUUACCAGUGAUGGCUGUAUCAGCUCUGUUGCCCUGUUUCUCCAUAACCAUUUUAAUCAGAAGAGAAGGAAAUAGCUAUUAUUCCUGGCAUUAAUUAAAAUGACAAUUUUCCCUUCCUUUUUAAACCCCAGUUUUAUUUAACAGUUUUGCAGGUUUCCUUUGUAGUCCUGGCACUUACAGGAAAAUAGACUCCACUGUCCCAGUGGCAGAUCAGAUCUUUCCAGAUCUGCCUGUGUUUCAUUUAGUUUAUCCCUGCCUCUGAUUGUAUUCAUUUGUACAUCUCUCAAUUUUUAACAUUUUUUACUUGUGGAAAACACCAUGGUGCCCUCUCCAGACAACAGGUUUCUCUGUUUCUCCACUGAAAUCUGUAUUUCUCUACAACAUCAUUGCCUGCCAACAUGCCUGCUCUCAACAGGAGGGACUAUUCUGAGAAGAAGAAAAGGAGAAUUUCAUAAGCCAGUAAUCACUGCAAGCCACUCUAGUCCUUGACCUCUCUGCUGUGACUGACAGUGAGGAGACCAGCAAGCAUCACACUGUGCUGUGGCCAAGCAGGAUAAUAUUUUCAAAAGUGUGUGCAGGACUUGGAAGACCACAUCCCAUUUUCAAAAGCACUUGACUCCUCAGAGAGCUUCAGUUCCACUGCUAAUGGGUGGGACUUAGACUCCUAAAUCUCUUCAGUCUUUUAAAAUUUUUCCUCUGUGCAUUAGACACAGUAUUGAGACUGCCAAAUUGAUUCAAUAAAACUGACCAGAUAAUAAUGACUUGCACAAUUGCUGAUCUGAAAUGCAAUAAAAAUUGACCUACAGAUGAA